AUGGUUGUUACCACGGUACCGUAUACACCGCGUUAUAUGAUGGCUCAAACUAAGUUCGAUGCUUCAGAAUCAGUGAAGGUAGUGGUGAGAUGUAGACCACUAAACGAAAAAGAGGCUUCGGAUGGUCACAAAAAGUGUGUGUUUGUCGAUUGUUCGAAUGGGACUAUCGAAGUUCGUAAUCCAAUCGCCAAACUGAAUGAUGAUCCAAAAAGAUUCAGUUUUGACGCUGUUUACGAUGAAAGUUCGAAACAAAGAGAUUUAUACGAUGAAACUUUUCGGGACCUAAUUAACAGUGUUCUAGAUGGCUUCAACGGAACCAUAUUUGCUUACGGACAAACCGGAACGGGAAAAACCUUCACUAUUCAAGGCCUUCAGGAUGACCCGGAAUUACGAGGUGUAAUGCCAAACUCAUUCGUUCAUAUAUUUGACCAUAUAUCGAAGUCUAUGGAUGCUCAAUAUCUUGUACGAGCGAGUUACUUAGAAAUUUACAAAGAAGAGAUUCGCGAUCUGCUUCGCAGAGACCAAUCAAAGCACUUAGAAAUCAGAGAAAAACCAGACAGUGGAAUAUUUGUAAAGGACUUGUCCUCUGUUCUUACCAAAAGUAUAGAUGAAAUCCAGAAGGUUAUGAAGAUUGGAUAUCAAAAUCGUGCAGUUGGAGCCACUAAUAUGAAUGAACACAGUUCGCGAUCCCAUGCUAUUUUUAUUGUAACUGUUGAGAGUUGCAAGACUGGGGCAGAUGGAGAAAAACAUAUACGAGUUGGCAAGUUAAACCUCGUCGAUUUGGCAGGUAGUGAACGCCAGUCCAAAACACUAUCAGAGGGAGAACGCUUGAAAGAAGCCACUAAAAUCAAUUUAAGUCUUUCCACCUUGGGAAACGUGAUAUCUGCACUGGUGGAUGGCAAAAGUACACACAUACCCUAUCGGGACUCAAAACUUACUCGUUUACUCCAAGAUUCUUUGGGGGGUAAUUCAAAAACUAUCAUGAUUGCAAAUAUUGGACCGGCGACCUACAACUAUGAAGAGACCAUAAAUACACUAAGAUACGCUAACCGUGCUAAAAAUAUUAGGAACAAACCAAAAAUAAAUGAAGAUCCAAAAGAUGCCUUGCUGAGAGAAUACCAAGAAGAAAUCAAUAGGCUUAAAUCACUACUGAGGAACUGUGUCGCUGCCAUUCCAAAACAAUCUCAAAAAAAGAACGGGAAGCAGAGAUCUCAACAAAAACAUAUAUUGUCGGAUGGCUCUGAAGCUAACAGCGAUAGAGAAGAUGAUGCAACAAGCAUAGAAAACUAUAUGAAGGAACAACAAGCAAAACUAUUGGCUGAAAAGAAUGAAGUCUUAAACGACAAUUCACUUGUUGCAGAAGAAAAAUCUCGUAUGUUGAAUGACCUUAAGAUAAAAGAAAUAAAACUUCAGGAAGAACAAACAAAAACGCAACAGUUAGAGUCCAAAUUAAGAGCUAUGGAGAGUAAAUUACUUCGAGGUGAUCAAUCAAUCGUUGAACACACUCGCAUGCAAGAAGUAACUUUAGCUCAACAACGGACACAAAUGGCUGAGCAAAAGCGUCGUGAGCGUGAAAUGGUAGCUCGUAUGGAAGAAGAAGAAGGGAGUAUGGCUAAUUUACAAGAAGGUUUCACAUCAUUAAAACAAGAAGUAGAAGUAAACACUAGAAAGUUAAAAAAAUUAUUUGAAAAAUUACAAGAAAUUAAACAGAAGACAUCUGAUAUACAAGAAGAUCAUACUGUAGAACGUCAAGAACACGAAAAAAUUCAAGAUCAACUAACACGUGAAAUUAAAUUACAGUUGUUAAUUCUGGAAAACUUCAUACCAAUAGAAGAAAAAGAGAAAUUAGAAAAACGAAUUUAUUUUAAUGAAGAAACUGAAAGAUGGCAACUGAAACCACUUUUUCAGUCUAGUGAUGAUGGUACAAACCUAAAUAUUCCAUCCUGUAAACAAUCUGUUUGUCGUUAUGCACGUAUGGCUGCCAACUAUGAUCCAAACCCUAGAUUCCGAAACAAACAGAUAUUAACUUUGGAUAUGGACUUACCUGGACGUACUACAAGGGAUUAUGAACCACCACAAUUGGCUCCACAGGUGGUGGCUGCAUUGGAAGCUGCACUACAGGAUGAAGAAGAUUUAGAAUUGGAUGGAAGCCCUUCACUAUUUCAGUCUUCAUUGUCUAAAUUAAAGAAAUCAGAAAAACGAAUACAUAGUGGUGCAACACAAAAAGAUGAUACUCAAAUAUUUCCUCAAUCUAAAGGACUUGUACCUAAAUAAAACAGAGGUUGUUCAAUCAAGAUUUUGUUCAUCACACUUUUAAACUUUUGUUAACUAUUCCAUAUAUAUAUAACUGUGUAAACAAUGAUGAAUUUUUCACAAUUCAAUGGGAGUUAUUAAGCAGCGGAUGUCUAUUCAUCAGUGAGGUCAUUGUUGGGUCAUCUCAUAAAUACGUCGAUAAUCUUAGUUAGCCCACCAACAGUUAGAAAUCACCAAAACUGAACUAAUGUUAUACUGGUACUAAAACUUUUGUUUGGUUUAAAAUUUAAAACUCUAAUCUAAUCCAUAUUCAUUUAGUUCUGAUCUAAAUGAUAAACAAAAUUGAAUUAUCUACUGGAAAGCUAUCAUGGCGACACCAAUUAUUUAAUAUGUAACUACACGAAAUAAUUAUUUAUUCGGGUCAGCGUUUUUUUAGCAAGGUUGGAUAGAGAAUGCUAGUGGGCAGCCUAUACUGCUCCAUGAGGGGUAACAGGCUUAAGUAAGUAAGUACACAAAAUAAUUAAUGUCAACAAGGUAGAUAUUCAAGUCCCUCUUCGUCGUAAUACACAUUAGAUUCUUUAUCUUAAGAAAAUGGAUAGUGUGAAUCCUUGGUUGACAGAUUAACUUCUAUCUAUGUAAUGAUAGAAAAAAAAUUGAUUUAAUGAAGAGCCACUCCCAGCACAUUGGCACGUCAACAUUCCCCUAUAGAUCUGAAAUCGGUGCUCAUAUUAUAUUUUUUUCAAUAGGCUUCUUACAUCUUGAAUACUCACUGCCAAGUUUAAAUGGUUAGAAUUAUGUUUUUGAAGUUGAAUGUUGUGUAUUUUUAUGUGUUGAACAAACCAAUAUCAUCUAUCAAGCAUGCCUUAACAACAUUUCAACCAUUUCGAUAACGUAAUAAGAAGGUGGAGAUUAUCACAACUUUAAUUGGAACACAGUCUUAAAUCAGUCAUCAACAAAACGUAUUGCGCAGCAAAGGUCAUUAUGAAAAAAAGAACAAGGUUCAUGCUUCAUCCAAAACCUAAAAGACAAAAAAGGUUAUGUUACAUCCCACUGUGUUUACCAAUUUAAAUGUGUGUGUGGUCACACAUACAUAUGGAGGAGCAAUCGUGAUUAGGAUAUAUGAACAUGUACCCAAAUGUUUGCAGAAACAAAUAGAAUCAAGUGACCCGAUAAGAGUAAAGGACAAACAUCCAUCAUCCUCUAUUGCUAAACAUUUAAUCUAAACAGGCCACAGGAUUGAUCUUAACUCGGCUUUUGUGGUGUUGUAUAAAAGUGUAAAAGAGCGUGUACCAAGGUUUAUGGAAGCCUUAGCCAUACGAAAAUUCAAACCCCGUUUGUGUAUUCAAAAACAGUUUGUUCACACCCAAAACUUAACCUGGUAAUAUUUGGCUUAUUAUCCAGAGUAAUGAGGUUCCAAAUUGUGUUCACAUUACUAUUAUUACUCUUAUUAUUAUCCUUGUCUCCUCUUAAUCCAUUUCCAGUCUAGUUGACCUUUUAUUUUUAUAUGUAAAUGUUUUUCCAACAUGAGAAGGGGUUUUGUGGUGAUCGCAGUAAUUUCAGUAGUUGAGAUCAUGAGUUAAUUGGAGCCAGAUCACCAUAGGAAACCUGCAAGUCCUGGACGGCCGUUUCGUCCUGUUAGACAUUAACACUGUUGGCUGCCGGCUCAGUGGUCUAGUGGUUAAACUCUCACUCGACAGACCGGCAGGUCCUGGGUUCGAAUCCGCGAGGCGGGGUCGUGGAUGCGCACUACCUAGGAGUCCUGCAACAGGACGUAACGGCCAUCCAGUGCUUCCAGGUGUUCUAUGGUAGUCUGACUUCAAUUAAAUCAUGAUUUCAACUAUUGAAAUUACUAAAAUCUCAAAAACUCCCCUUCUUAUAUACUUAUUCUUAACAAG